AUGAAAAAUAACAAUGCAUUUAUUGAUACCGAUAGCAAUGAAUCCACUCCAUUAUUAAAAAAAACACCUUGGUAUCGUAGACCUUCAUCAUAUUGGUUGUUAGUUGCCUUUUUUGUCAUUGCAUUGACAUACGGAUUCGGACUAGUCAUUCGCGUACAAUUAUACAUAAAAAUUGUAUGCAAACUUUACUAUGAAUCAGAAAAUAAAAGCGACUUAAAGGCUGAUUACAGUUAUUUAUCCUCCUUUACUUCACUAUUAUCGUCAUCAUCAACAAAUAAUAUAAUUUUUAAUGGCGGAGAAUCACCGAAUUUAAAUUGUAACAUUCCUCAAAGCGAAAUUAGGCUGAACAUCGUAUCAUCAAGGCUUAAUUAUAUUCUACACCUUAACAUAGCCAUUUUUGUCUUAGGUGCACUAGGAUCCUUAUCCGAUAGAAAAGGCCGUCGAAUUUCAUUAUUACUAGCGACCACAGGAAUCUGCUUCAACGUUACAGUUCUUAUCGUAAUUGCGGAAUAUGUAGAAUACAUUAAUCCAAUAUUUUUAGCAGUUGGUUCUUUGGUGGAAGGUCUCACUGGAGGUCUACUAUCAUUUUUUGCUAUAAGCCAAGCAUAUAUCACUGAUUGUACAAUACCAAGUCGAAGGAGUGUAAUGUUCGGAUGGUUACAUGGCGCAACAUUACUAGGCGUAUCAGUUGGACCACUAAUGGGCGGAUGGAUAGUAUCAGUCACAAAUAAUCUGUUAUCUGUCUUCUACGUUUCCGUCAUAAUCUUUAUGGCAAUCUUUCUAUUCAUAUUAUUAAUCCUUCCUGAAUCGUUGUCAUCCGAAAAACUCGAAUCAAAUGCUCAAUUACGAUUAUCCAAAAAUGAGCAACGACAAAGCUCGCUAAGUUUAAAACGAUUGCGGGAACAAGUUUACAUCAUAUUCGAACCAUUAAGCAUUAUUUUACCAAAAUCGUUUAAUUCAACAGAAAACAAGGAAGAUGGAGAGAAGAAUAAAAAGAUGACUUUUCUUUUGGCAAAUAUUAUUGCAAUGAUCGCUGCAUCAAAUUUUGGAAUACAAGCGAUUUUUGUUUUAUACACGAACUACAAAUUUGAUUGGAGCGCAUUAGAUCAAGGAUAUUUUAUAUUUUGGUCGUGUGCAAGUAGAGCAUUAAUAUUGUUUUUUGGGUUGCCUUUAUUAGUGAAGUGCUUUAGGAAGUAUCGAGGAGAUAUGAAAGACAAUAUCAAAGGAAAAGGGAGACUGACACAACAAUUGAUAUUGUCCACUUCAUCGGCUAAUGACGUUUCGUCACAAAAAAUGUUACUUGAUAUAUGGAUCAUCAGAGUCGGAUUAAUCAUUGAAUCCCUUACUUUUGUUGCUUAUGGAACAGUUACAGUUGGAUCAAGUUUCACCUUAGCCACAUUAAUAGGGUCGCUAGGCACAAUUUCAAUCCCCACAGCCAAAUCGUUACUCACAAAUACAGUACCAGCCUCACAAACAGGACAAUUACUAGGCGCACUAAGUGUCAUCGAAUCAGUAAUGCGACUAGUAUCCCCAGUCAUUAUGAGUACACUAUAUAGUUUGCUGGUGGCGAAUGCACCGCAUGUUAUUUGGUUCGUUCUUGCUGGGUUUUUAGCUGUUGGGGCAACACUUUCUUUUUUUAUUGUAUUUGAAGAUGAGGUUAAUUGA